AUGAAACAACAAAAUAAUUUAUGUGCGUUGAUUAAAUUGAGCAAUGACAAAUUUAUAAUCAAGUUAGAUAAAGAAGAAGCCUUCAACAUUAAUGACGAUACGAACAUUAAAAUAAAGGUUAAGGGUCUAUGGCUUCACUUCUUUACCAUAAUAAAAGCUCAAUUCAGUAGCUCAUAUUGUGGGUUAACUAACUUGCAGAUGCAGAAGCAGAAGCGAAGAAAACUUGAUUCAACUUUCAAAACUUGCGUCACAUUUAUGCUUUAUACACAAAGUGAGUCUUUGAAAAAGAAGCAUCAUCAUGUACUAUGA